UGCAGAUACGAAAGUACGAUUUUCCAGUCCAUUCGCAUGUUUGGCAAGAAUCAAGACCAAGGCUUAAAAGGAUAAUGAUAAUGCGACUUAUUUUAGCGGCGUGCUUCCUCGUCCUUCUUUGCUGUCACAAUGGCAGCGAAGCCAUGUCAUUCGAAAUUGAGCGAGGAGAAUUGGAUACAUUUAGGAAUAUAGAGUGUACAGAACAGGGCAAUUGUACAGAAAGACAGUGUGAAAUAUAUGGCGCCAACAGUGUAAAAAGUAAAAAUUGCACUCGAUGUCAAUGUAAAGAUGGUAGAGGAACGUUUCUUUCAACUAACGGUGACAACACUUACAACUGUACCAAAGAUGAAGAUAUAGUCCCAGAAUCUGCUCUAAGAAACAAACGAUUCCACUCAUGA